AUGUUGCAGCGAUCCCCCGCAGUGAUCAUCACGAUCCUGGCAUGCUGGAAGGCUCGCUGUGCCAUCGUCCUGGUCGACCCGAGCCAACCUGUUCCCCGAAAUGCCCACAUACUGGAAGACUGCGACUGCGCUCUAGUGGUGGUGGACAAUUCCUGGACCGGCGAACUGGCUCCGGACAUUGCCUGGCAGUAUGACUUUGGGCAGCUGCGCCGGCGAGCGAACGCAUGUCCCGUACCCCCAGAGAACUAUGCAGGAUCCGAGGUUGAUCUCUCGCAGGAUCUGUUCCAACCCGCAUGGAUUCGCGUCACAUCGGGCUCCACGGGAAGGCCCAAAUGCUGUCUGCAUAGUCAUGCUGCUUUUGGGGCCUCCAUUGCCAGCUACGCCGGUCGGAUUCGGGCGUCCAAAACACUACUCUUUUUCAAUCCAAUCUCUUCCGCCUCGGGGACGCCAAUCUGGAGCUUCCUCAGUAACGGCGGCUGUGUCUGCAUACCUCCCUUGGAGGAGAUCACGACGGAUUUAGCCGGCUGUGUGGCCCGGUAUGGCAUUGAGGACGUGUGUAUCACGCCCUCAGCUAUCGCGCUCACCACCCCUGAUGCUGUGCCGUCCCUGAAAACCAUUUCUUUAGUCGGCGAAGCGGUGCCGCCGACCCUGGCCCAGACAUGGAGUCGGCAUGUCUCGUUGUUGAUCGGCUACGGAGCUACGGAGAUGAACUCCCAUGCGCUGCCAUUUCAUGACGAUUCCACAGGGUGUCUCCCGCCUGGCCAUCCCCUUCCCACGUCUGACUAUUCACUAUACAUGCUACAACCCGGCACGGCCAGACUUUGUCCGUUAUACGUUCCUGGAGAAAUUUGCCUCAGCUCGACCUACAUGAGUGCCGGGUAUAUUGGGCGUUCCGAAGCGACAAGGCAGGUGUUUCAGCCUCAUCCCUUCCCCGGCGAUGCGGGGCACGCCUGGAUAUAUCGAACCGGGGACCUCGGCAUGUUCAUCGCGGCUGGUACCUUUAUUCUCCUCGGUCGAGUCGAUUUUCAGUUUAAGAUUAAUGGAUACCGGAUCCAGCCGGAGGAGGUCGAGGCCAUCGUCAACCAAGUGCCGCAUGUGAUGAAAAGCCGAGUCAUGCUU